AUGGGGAAGCAGAACAAAGUGGACUCCUUCCUGAAGCAGAGCUAUCCGUUUUGUGUUGCUGCCGUGGCCAGAGAGGCAAAGUUAUCAGAAUCAAAGAUGUUCAAGUUCUGUGUGGUUUUCCUCCUCUGUGGCCUGCUGACCCCUUCGCAAGGACUGGCUGGAAGUGCCUCGGUGUCUGCCAGGGUGGAUAAAGAUGUGCUAGAAAGCGUCAUUGCAGGGUCACUAGCCAACGGCAACCUUCUCGAGGGGCUCCUGGGUGGUCUCCUUGGUGGCGGUGGCCUUGGCGGUCUGCUUGGAGGUGAUGGACUUGUUGGUGGUCUCCUUGGUGACAGCGGCCUUGUUGGCGGUCUCCUUGGUGACAACGGCCUUGUUGGCGGUCUCCUUGGUGAUGAUGGACUUGUUGGAGGUCUCCUUGGUGAAGACGGACUUGUUGGCGGUCUCCUUGAUGGUGAUGGACUUGUUGGAGGUCUCCUUGGUGAAGACGGACUUGUUGGCGGUCUCCUUGAUGGUGAUGGACCUGUUGGCGGUCUCUUUGGUGGCAAAGGACCUGUUGGCGGUCUCCUUGGUGGUGAUGGACUUGUUGGCGGUCUCCUUGGUAGCAAAGGACCCGUUGGUGGUCCCCUUGGCGGUGAUGGAAUUGUUGGUGAUCUCCUUGGUGGCAAUGGUGUUCUUGCAGGUGGUCUCCUUGGUGGCAAAGGGCCCCUUGGUGGUCUCCUUGGCGAUGAUCCUCUUGCUGGUGGUCUCCUUGGUGGCAGUGGUCUCCUCGGUGGACGUGGUCAGCAUGGCCAAGGCACACUUCCUGAAGGAGGGCUCCUUGGCAAGAAUGGUCUGCAGGGCACCAUCAAAGGGCUCACAGGGCUGAAAAUUGUGAACAUCACUCUCCCCAAAAUAACUCUGCGCUUCCUGCCAGGCAUCGGGCUCCAGCUGAAUAUCUACACCCAGCUGCUGGUAGAUGGCAAUGGCGCAGUGGGUGGACUGCUCCAGUUCCAGGUGGAAGCGAACAUCACAGCAAGAGUCCGGCUGGUCCAGGACAAGUCGGGGGCUCUCAAGCUGGUCAUUGAAGACUGCAAGACUCUUCUUGGAGGCGUCAACAUCCGUGUUGGACCCAAAGUGCCACUUGUGGAGAGAACUGUAAAGAGCGUCCUCGGCAGCGUCCUGCCCAGGCUGCUGUGCCCUGUCGUCGACACCGUGCUGGGCGUCAUGAACUCGCUGCUCGGCUCCGUGACUUCUGUGCUUCCACUCGGGGCCCUGGGAGAUCUCCAGUAUACUCUGUCCUCCCUUCCCAUCAUCGGUGACAAGUCCAUCCAGCUGGAUCUAAACCUCCUCCUCAGGGAUGCAGCAGGCAGUGUGGUGGAGCCUGUGCGCGGGCAGUCGUCCCCUGUCACCCUGCUGCCAGCCGCCAGCCACGGGGUGCAGGUGGGGCUCUCGCAGGACGUGCUGGGCGCCGUGCUGGGGCUGGCCCAGAAGCAGGGAGCCUUCAACCUGGACAUCACCAGCUCAGCGGUGCCCGAUAGCAUCUCGCUGUCCACCUCGGCCCUCCUCUCAGCCUUCCCUCAGCUCUCUGCCAUGGUCCCCGGGUCGCUGCCGCUGGCGCUGCGUGUGCGGCUGGCCGACGUGCCAGAGGUGGCCCUGCGGGACGGGAGAGCCACUGCCACCCUCCGAGCCACCAUAGAUGUCGUGACACGCCGCCCAGGCUUCCCCGUGCAGACCCUCUUCAGCCUGGACUCGGAUGUCAGUCUGAACAUCACCCCCUCUGUCUCCAGCGGCAGGCUGCGCGCCUCCCUGGCCAUCGACAGAGUCAAACUGAGACUGGCAUCCUCACAAAUUGGCCCUAUCAAUGUCUCCCGGCUUGAAGGAUGGGUGAGGGACGUCCUCGCGGCUGCAUACGUGCCUGCCAUUAACAGUGCUGUGAGCGCAGGGAUCCCUCUGCCCAACAUCCUCAACACCAGCUUUGAGAACAGCCAGGUGGACAUCGCUGAUAACACCUUUGUGAUCAGCCAGAAGUCUAGAGUGCUCUAA